GGCGUCGGGCCAGCAGCGGCCUGGGCUUCCCCGGCGGGCGCAGGCGCGGGUGCCGGCUGCCGGGCGCGGCUUCUGACCCCACGCGCGCGGGGUCGCCCGCCUGACAGAGACAGCCUGGGAGUGGGAGAAGGAGACAGGGCUGGCUUCCUUUCUCAGUCUGGCAAGCCUGGAGAAGUCAAGUCCCAAGCUUCUCUGUCUCUAGCUAAAGGAAAGAAAAGAAAAUGUCAGCUUUGAAUGAAAGGGAAAUGUUGGGUCCAGGAGGUGGUAGAGAGCAGGACUUAUCCGACAAGAUGCCUAUCAUGUUGGGAGACAUGAUGAAGCUGCUCUGCUCUGUAUCCGAGAAGAGCAAAGUAAAGGCAGCCAUCAGGCACUCCACAAAAGGCGCCUUGGUCACAGGGACCGCCGCCUUUGUUGGUGGUUUGGUUGGUGGCCCACCAGGACUAGCCGUCGGGGGUGCUGUUGGGGGUCUACUAGGUGCCUGGAUGACGAGUGGACAGUUUAAGCCGAUUCCUCAGAUCAUAAUGGAGCUGCCACCCACGGAGCAGCAGAAGCUUUUUAAUGAAGCCACUGCCAUUGUCCGGCAUCUGGACUGGACAGACGCCGUGCAGCUGACCACACUGGUCAUGGGCAGUGAGCUCCUGCAGCAGCAGCUGCUGGCCAUGCUGGUGAACUAUGUCAGCAGGGAGCUGCAGGCUGAGAUUCGGUACGACGACUAGGCUGCUGCUAUUGGGAAAUGGGGUUCUCCUCACUCGGAAGGUGAUGGGGGAGUCCCAUGCCAUCAAAGGGUGACCUUAUGUUUCAGCACGUUCUCUUGCUGGAGCUGCUGCUGUGCUGGAUCAUGUUUGGGAAUCAUGCAGUUGUGUUCUGUGCACUAAUGUGGGUGGAUGAGCUGGUGGAAAAGAAGGCCUAUUGCAGGUCUCUCCAAUUUUCCAAAUCUACUCUCGCCCAAGCUGGAGUGUAGAGGAAAGCUGUAGUGUCGGCCCUGUUACUUCAUGAAGGUGACUGUCUUGAGAACCUGUUACAGGAUUGUGUCUCCCCGGGGACCUGGGGACUGAAGAGCUGGUGCCUGCCUUCACUGGCAUCAUGUUUACCUCUUGAUUGCACCCCCUCCCCACCUAGGGGCUUCUGAGUGGCCUCAUGGAGGAGAACUAUCCAAUGUACUCAGGUUCCUCUCCCACCAGCUCACCCUCCCUGGCGUUCAUGUCCCUUUGUCUGAGGUUAGAGUAGUUUUUUGAGUUGUGUUUUUUGAAUCCAACAUCUUUGCCAAAAAACAUAGCUUCCUCUGAAGUGACAGGAUCAUAAACUGUCUCUGAGAUAUGCCUCUACACUAUAACCCUCCUAGUACUGUAUUCAGUCUGCUUCUGAACCACAACUGGAGGAAGUGUCAUCAAAUUGCAAUAAAUGUUUUCCCAUGUA